UUUCACAGGAAGUUUGGGGAGCGCCCUCAACCACAGCGCCUGACGAGAGAAGCGAUGCGAAAUUAUCUGAAGGAACGGGGAGACCAAACUGUCCUUAUCCUCCACGCAAAAGUUGCACAGAAGUCGUACGGCAAUGAGAAAAGGUUCUUCUGUCCUCCUCCGUGUGUGUACCUGAUGGGCAGUGGCUGGAAAAAGAAGAAGGAGCAGAUGGAGAGAGAAGGUUGUUCAGACCAGGAGUCUCAGCCCUGUGUCUUCAUCGGCAUUGGGAACAGCGAUCAGGAGAUGCAGCAGCUCAACUUGGAUGGAAAGAGCUACUGUACGGCCAAGACGCUGUACAUCUCCGACUCAGACAAACGCAAGCACUUCAUGCUGUCUGUGAAGAUGUUCUAUGGCAACAGCGCCGACAUCGGAGUCUUCCUCAGCAAACGCAUCAAGGUCAUAUCCAAGCCCUCCAAAAAGAAACAGUCACUGAAGAAUGCCGACCUGUGUAUAGCGUCUGGCACAAAGGUGGCACUGUUUAACAGGUUGCGUUCUCAGACGGUCAGUACUCGUUACCUACACGUAGAGGGAGGAAACUUUCACGCCAGUUCACAACAGUGGGGAGCCUUCUACAUACACCUCUUGGACGAUGAGGAGUCAGAAGGGGAGGAGUUUACUGUGAGAGAUGGAUACAUCCACUACGGCCAGACCGUCAAACUUGUGUGUUCAGUCACCGGCAUGGCCCUGCCACGACUGAUCAUUCGUAAGGUGGAUAAGCAGACGGCUCUGCUGGAUGCUGAUGACCCUGUGUCACAGCUGCAUAAAUGUGCCUUCUACCUGAAGGACACGGAGCGCAUGUACCUGUGCCUUUCUCAAGAGAGGAUCAUCCAGUUUCAAGCCACUCCAUGCCCAAAGGAACCAAAUAAAGAGAUGAUAAACGAUGGAGCGUCGUGGACAAUCAUCAGUACGGAUAAGGCAGAGUACACCUUCUACGAGGGCAUGGGCCCUGUACACUGCCCCGUCACGCCUGUACCUGUGGUCGAAAGUCUACAGCUAAACGGUGGAGGAGACGUAGCUAUGCUGGAGCUGACGGGACAGAACUUCACUCCAAAUCUGAGGGUAUGGUUUGGGGAUGUGGAAGCAGAGACCAUGUACAGGUGUGCUGAGAGCAUGCUGUGCGUAGUACCAGACAUCUCUGCAUUCCGCGAGGGCUGGCGGUGGGUCCGGCAGCCGGUGCAGGUUCCGGUGACGCUGGUUCGGAACGACGGGAUCAUCUACUCCACCACGCUCACCUUCACGUACACGCCGGAGCCCGGGCCGCGACCUCACUGCAGCGCCGCCGGAGCCAUCCUCCGAGCCGGCAACAGCAGCCUGCUCUCGGCGACGGCUAACAGCGGCGCCGCGGCGACCGGCCUCAACAGCUCAGACACGGCACAGUACGGCGCCAACAGCGCGGCGAAUCCGGGCGGAGUCACGGCGUCGUCCUCCACCGCCACCGCCGCCGUGGUGUCCUAA